CGCCCCGCCCCGCCUGCCGCCAAGUUCCGCGGAGUUGGCCGGAGCGGUGCUCAUCUGUCUCUGUGCCGCGCGCUCCCUUCCGCGUUCCGCCAUCUACCCCACCUGCGCCCCGGCCCGGCCGCUGGGGCCCCGCGCCAUGGCCCGAGCGUCCGGGGCGCAACGCUGACGGCGGCCGGCGGAGCGCGCCAUGCCCAGCAGGACCGGCCGCAAGAUGGACGGGAGCGGCGGCCGCGUCCGCCUGAAGGCGCACUACAGGGGGGACAUCCUGAUCACCAGCCUGGACUCCGCCACCACCUUUGACAAGCUCUGUGAGGAGGUGCGGGAGGUGUGCCACCUCCACCAGGGCCACCCGCUCACCCUCAAGUGGGUGGACAGUGAAGGUGACCCCUGCACUGUGUCCUCCCAGAUGGAGCUGGAGGAGGCCUUCCGCCUGUCCUGUCAGCGCAAGGACGAAGGGCUCAUCCUUCACGUUUUCCCCAGCAUCCCCGAGGAGCCAGGCAUGCCCUGUCCGGGAGAAGACAAAUCCAUCUACCGCCGUGGAGCCAGAAGAUGGCGGAAGCUGUACCGCGCCAACGGCCACCUCUUCCAAGCCAAGCGCUUUAACAGGAGAGCGUACUGUGGCCAGUGCAGUGAAAGGAUAUGGGGCCUCGCCAGGCAGGGCUACAGGUGCAUCAACUGCAAACUGCUGGUCCAUAAGCGCUGCCACGUCCUCGUCCCGCUGAGCUGCGACAGGCAUAUGGUGACUCACAAGUCUCCGGAAGCUCCGUCGUGGCGCCCGCCGGGUCACUGUGUUGCCGUCUCUCUGCAGGAUUCUGUCAUGCCUUCCCAGGAGCCUGCAGUGGACGACAAGAGUGACGACGUGGACCUUCCUUCUGAGGAGACGGAUGGAAUUGCUUAUAUUUCUUCAACCCGGAAACAUGAUAACAUUGAAGAUGAACCUGAGGACCUCAAGCCGGUCAUCGAUGGGAUGGACGGGAUCAAAAUAUCUCAGGGGCUCGGGCUGCAGGACUUCGACCUGCUCAGGGUCAUCGGACGUGGGAGCUAUGCCAAGGUCCUGCUGGUACGGCUGAAGAAGAACGAUCAGGUCUACGCCAUGAAGGUGGUGAAGAAGGAGCUGGUCCACGACGACGAGGACAUUGACUGGGUACAGACAGAGAAGCACGUGUUCGAGCAGGCAUCCAGCAACCCUUUCCUGGUCGGCUUACACUCCUGCUUCCAGACAACAAGUCGGUUGUUCCUGGUCAUCGAGUACGUCAACGGGGGCGACCUCAUGUUUCACAUGCAGAGGCAGAGGAAGCUGCCCGAGGAGCACGCCAGGUUCUACGCUGCUGAGAUUUGUAUCGCGCUCAACUUCCUACACGAGAGAGGGAUCAUCUAUCGGGACCUGAAGCUGGACAACGUCCUCCUCGACGCUGACGGUCACAUCAAGCUGACGGACUAUGGCAUGUGCAAGGAAGGCCUGGGCCCCGGUGACACGACGAGCACUUUCUGCGGGACCCCGAACUACAUCGCCCCGGAAAUCCUGCGGGGAGAGGAGUACGGGUUCAGUGUGGACUGGUGGGCGCUGGGCGUCCUGAUGUUCGAGAUGAUGGCUGGCCGCUCCCCCUUCGACAUCAUCACCGACAACCCCGACAUGAACACCGAGGACUACCUUUUCCAAGUCAUCCUGGAGAAGCCCAUCCGGAUCCCCCGGUUCCUCUCGGUCAAGGCCUCCCACGUGUUGAAAGGAUUUUUAAACAAGGACCCUAAGGAGAGGCUCGGCUGCCGGCCGCAGACUGGAUUUUCCGACAUCAAGUCUCACGCUUUCUUCCGUAGUAUAGACUGGGACCUGCUGGGGAAGAAGCAGGCCCUGCCGCCCUUCCAGCCGCAGAUAACGGACGACUACGGCCUGGACAACUUCGACACGCAGUUCACCAGCGAGCCGGUGCAGCUGACCCCGGACGACGAGGACGUCCUCAAGAGGAUCGACCAGUCGGAGUUUGAAGGGUUUGAAUACACCCACCCGCUGCUCCUGUCCGCCGAGGAGUCCGCGUGAGGCGCCGCGUUCUCGUCGUGGACGCGGGCAGCCGGUGCGGGCCUGUCCCCGACCACCGCGCAUGCAUGCAUGCCGGGCUGGGUGCUGGCGGCCCGGGCAGAACAGCCCCUCCAUGCGGCCCGCGGCCGCCUGCACCAGAGGAACUUGCUUCUUGGGCCUGCGCCGCGGAGGCCGCGGUGCCCGUGUCCGAGGGAGGAAGUGUCCCCGACUUCGAAGGUGCACACUUUCCACAGAAACAGAACUGACCUGCUCCGCCGGGAGAGUUAGCCUGUAACGUCCUGAGGAAUAAAGUGUCCCGAUGAUGUUGAA